UGUGUCUCCUUCAUUGUGCCCUAUCCUCUGUAGGCUAAGCUAGCUGUCAUUCCCACAGCAGCAUCCAGACAGGGGUACAUUUGCAGAUUUUCCUCUCUAAACAACUUUUGCACCGCAUCAUGGCUGUCCCUCCCUCCUACGCAGACUUGGGCAAGUCUGCCAAGGACGUCUUUAGCAAAGGCUAUGGCUUCGGCGUGGUGAAGUUGGACCUAAAGACCAAGUCCCAGAGUGGAGUGAUGGAGUUCAACACGUCCGGCUCCAGCAACACGGACACUGGCAAGGCGGCUGGUAGCCUGGAGACCAAGUACAAGAUGAAGGAGCUGGGCCUGAGCUUCAACCAGAAGUGGAACACUGACAACACCCUGGCCACCGAGGUCACAGUGGAGGACCAGUUGGCGCAAGGGCUGAAGGUUGCUCUGGAUACGUCUUUCGUACCAAACACAGGGAAGAAGAGCGGCAAGCUGAAGACCGCCUUCAAGCGCGACUUUGUCAACGUGGGUUGCGACAUCGACUUCGAGGGUCCCAUCGUGCACGCGGCGGCCGUUCUGGGCUACGAGGGCUGGCUGGCCGGCUACCAGAUGGCGUUCGACACGGCCAAGUCCAAGCUGACCCAGAACAACUUCGCCCUGGCUCACAUCGCCGGAGACUUCCAGCUGCACACCAACGUCAACGACGGGACUGAGUUCGGGGGCUCCAUCUACCAGAAGGUGAACGACGAGCUGGAGACAGCCGUCACCCUGGCCUGGACGGCGGGCAGCAACAACACCCGCUUCGGCAUCGCCGCCAAAUACAAGCUGGACAAGGACGCGUCCAUCUCGGCCAAAGUCAACAAUGCCAGCCUGAUUGGCGUAGGCUACACCCAGAGCCUCAGGCCAGGCGUGAAGGUCACCCUCUCGGCGCUGAUCGACGGGAAGAACUUCAACGCGGGCGGACACAAGGUCGGCAUGGGCUUCGAGCUGGAGGCCUAAAGCCAGCCAGCCGUCCGGUUCAGGGUCGGCCAUCGAAGCCCCACCACAGCGCGUCUCUACACUCCAUCCGUCCACGGACUCCCAGUCCCACGAGCACCCCACCCCCCCCAGCCAUCCCAGUCUCCUGGCUCCUCUCUGGCCCCUCUCUCACACUCCAGUCACCCCUCCCCCCAUACACACAUCUUGAAUGGAGCAGUUUGAUGGUUAUAGUCCCGUCACGGCGUCAUGUUGAACAACAGAGGGGCCGACGACGUUGGAAGUUGUGUGCGUGUAUGUUUAUGUCUGUGCGUGUGUUGACAUUGUGUAGUACGAUUGUGAUGCAAUGCGCUUUUUUUAUAAAGCGGCCACAUUUAUCUCGCUAGGUCACGGCUUGCGUAGUGAUCGGUGUAAACGUGUAGCGUGUGUAUCCCCCCUGUAGUCUGUCAUGAAACAAGCAUGUCUGAAUGAAAAACCUAGAGAGUUCGCUUGAUCGCUUGGUUAAAAAUGGUGCUGUCUUUGCUUUUGGUUUGAGUAAAAAAUAGGGUUAGCCUAAACAUUUGUUUGGGGGAGGUCAUUGCCGACCUGGCUGGCCGUAAACCGAUCUAUAUAAAUGUUAAUUUUUAUCUUUUAAGUUUUGCCGGUUUUAUUUAUUGGUUCAGUUGCUGGUGGUCACACUCACAAGGUCAAAGCUAUGAGAAUUUGAGCACCCGACCAUUACUACAGAUGGCAUUUCCUGCUGCAAUAAGAUAAGUGCCAGUGGUGUGUUCCCUUUGAGAGGUCAAACAAUAUGCUGUUUGUUUUUGUUCAAACAAAUUUUCAGAAACCGAAACACUUCCUCGGUGUGUCUUUCUUCUGUUCUUUCUUAUCUGAGUGACAGAUGAAACCAAGAUGGCAGGAUCUUCGGAUAGGUUAUUUAGUUAGUUGGCAUUCCUACAAUGUUGGUUUCAUCUUUAUUUUGGUUGGCUAGUCAAGUCACAAAAGAAUUGUCACAGGAAAGUCUGCUUUUUAUUUUGUUUCACUUUCUCGAGAAACCAAACUCAUCAUUGCUCUGUUGGAAUGUUUACGGCAUUUCAGACCAAACAAUGCAUUUCAGACCAAACAAUGCGAAACCAUUCUUUAAAUCACACUGUGAUUAAAAUGAUGCAACAGGCUUGUCUGUUCCACACGACUAUCCUUUCUUCUGCUAGGGGAGAACCACAAAUCCCACAUCAUAUUGUGUUGUCAUAUGCUGGUUUUGUCAUUUCUUUGUGGUUUGGAAACAGUACGUAAUUUUCCAAUGUUAAGGGAAUUCUAAUAAGAAUAAAAAUAAAAAACAUUGUCUCAAUAUA